CAUUUGUUUUAUGAAUUUCAAAAGUUUGACGUUUUUACAAACCGUUUUUAUGUUCACGUUAAAAACUGUCUUCAUCGCAAUUUACUUUGAAUCAUUGUACGCAUACCUAGCAAAAUGUUGUUUUCACCGGCAGCACGUUUGUUGAAUUCGGAGAACUCCGAAACUAAGGUUCUCAAGAAAGUCGGCAAUAAUCUUUCAGUUCGCAAGCCUUUUGCGGAUAAAGAUGUGAACGGUAAAUCACCAGUGAAAUCACCCAAAAAACUGGGAAAAACGCCCGCCAAAAAGGCCCCCCAACCACAAGAAUUUUCCAUCGAAGACUUCACUUGCUCAUAUAAAACAGAGGAUGAUUUUGAAGAUGAAUUUUGGCUAAACCCCAAAGAGCAACUUGAAAAUGACCUCAAAUAUUAUUGUUAUGGAGCUGGAGGUUUAGAAACUCCUCCUCCAGAGUUUGAACCAACAUUUGAAGAAGUACCUAUAUCUCCACUGCAAGUUUCUGAUGAUCCAUUUGAGAUAUUUCAUAAAGAGGUAUGCAAGAAACUUGAGGAACAUCAGUUUGAACUUGAAGAUAUUGAUAUAACAUAUAUUGAUUAUGAUGAAUUUAAUGAUUCUGUUUAAAAAUGCUUAUCUACUGUUAGUAUAAGUUAUUUUGGUAUUUUAGUAGUUUUUUUACAAAUAAUGUAUAUUGUAUUUGACAAACAAACAUAUAUUACUAAAAUGACUUUCACCUUGUAGAAAUAGUUUAUGUUUGUGUAUUUAUGUUUCUAAAUUUUACUGUAAUGUAAUAUUUAUAUUCUCUUUUCAUUAAUAAAGUUUAAUCUAGA